UUCCUCAGGUCUCUGUUUAUCCCCAAGUGGUCUUCAGAUGUGCGUCUAGAAGGGAAGACAGCUAUAAUAACGGGGGCUAAUGUUGGAAUAGGCAAAGAGACAGCAAAAGACCUGGCCGGCAGAGGUGCACGGGUGAUUUUGGCAUGCAGAGACAUGGCAAAAGGAGAGCAAGCUCUUUGUGACAUCAUGAGGGAGGUGGAGGGAGCUAAGGUAGUCGCCAGGCAACUGGAUCUAGCUGACACCAAAUCGAUCUGCCAGUUUGCUGAGAAUAUCUACAACACUGAGAAGACUCUUCACUACCUGAUCAACAAUGCAGGGGUGGCUAUGUGCCCUUACGACACCACUGUGGAUGGAUAUGAGAUGCAGUUUGGAGUCAAUCACUUAGGUCAUUUCUUCCUGACUUUUCUGUUACUGGACUUGCUGAAGCACUCAGCCCCAUCCCGGGUCAUUAACUUGUCCUCUGUAGCUCACAACAUGGGCAAGAUCCAGUUUGAUGACCUGAGCGGUGAGAACAACUACCACCCUGUCAAGGCCUACGCACAGAGCAAGCUGGCCAAUAUCCUGUUUACCAGAGAGCUGGCCAAAAGGACUGAGGCUCUAGGUGUGAUGGCCUACUCUGUGGACCCCGGCACUGUAAACACUGAAAUAACAAGGCACCUGAGGCAUCCUCUUGUGGGCAUACUCAAGACGUUCAGUUCCUUGCUCAAGACCCCGGCAGGGGGAGCCUACACCACCAUCUACUGCACCGUCACUCCUGAGAACCAGCUGCUCACUGGAGGAUACUACAAAGACUGUGCCAUUGCAGAGAGCUCCAGGGCCGGUCAGGAUGAUGGCACUGCCUUAAAGCUGUGGGCUGUGAGCUGCCACCUGCUCGGCAUCUGCUGGAUAUAA